CACGGGGUACCUGGGAGACGGAGCAAAAAAAGCGGGCAUACCGAAAUCUUUAUUGUUUUCACUAGCAUUCAAAUAUUGAAAUGGGCAACAUUUGACUUAUAUAGUUAAAUAACUGCGCCUUGUGUACCAGGGACCCCCUGGGAUUUGUAUUUGGCUUGAAAAGAGUCUCAUUCAUUCGCCUUUCGUUCUAGCUAUCUGGCUAACGAGCUCCAACACUAGCAGGCCUAUUCUUCUGGACUUUGCUACAAGCUAGUUAGCUAACGUUAGCAGGCUAACCCACGCGAGCACGUUUUCUUUCUCAAUGAUACUGUCUGUUACAUUGUAAAUAAAUACCACAUCGCUGAUGUGUGUGCUUGGUAACGAUUUUUGGUAGUUAUAUUGUUAAGUAGGCCGCUAGUUGAUGCAAAUUUACUUGAGCUAAAUCGGCGAGGCACUUCCUUUUUAAAAGUGUUGUUCACUUUGUUGCUAGCUUAAGCUAGCCACCGCUAACCGAACAACGCAGUCGCUGAAAGCGCAGCAGCUUUCAACUCACAGAGAUGUCGGACUUCGACGAAUUUGAAAGGCAGCUCUCUGAAAACAAACAAGCUGAAAGAGACAAAGAGAACCGCCACCACCGUCGUUCCUCCUCCCGCAGCCGUAGCAGAGAGAGGAAAAGGAGGAGCAGAGACAGGGAUAGACGCAGCAGGGACCAUCGUGGAGAAAGUAAGGAGCGCAGACACAGACGCAGCUCACCAGCCACCUUCCCUCCGGACAAUGCUGGAAGCCGUUCUCCACACCGCGAGAAGAAGAAGAACAAGGUGAAAAAGUACUGGGAUGUCCCUCCACCGGGUUUUGAACACAUCACUCCCAUGCAGUACAAAGCCAUGCAAGCUGCAGGCCAGAUCCCAGCCACAGCCCUCCUACCGACUAUGACUCCAGAUGGCCUGGCUGUUACUCCCACCCCGGUACCUGUAGUGGGCAGCCAGAUGACCCGACAGGCCCGCCGGCUCUACGUGGGCAACAUCCCCUUUGGCAUCACAGAGGAGUCCAUGAUGGACUUCUUCAAUGCCCAGAUGCGUUUGGGUGGUCUUACUCAGGCCCCUGGAAACCCUGUCCUCGCAGUACAGAUCAACCAGGAUAAGAAUUUUGCCUUCCUUGAGUUCCGUUCAGUGGACGAAACUACACAGGCAAUGGCCUUUGAUGGCAUCAUCUUUCAAGGCCAGAGUCUCAAGAUUCGUCGUCCACAUGAUUACCAGCCGCUGCCCGGCAUGAGCGAGAACCCCAGUGUCUAUGUGCCUGGUACACAGCCAAUUAAUGGUGUGGUGUCAACAGUGGUUCCUGACUCUGCUCACAAGCUCUUCAUUGGUGGUUUGCCCAACUACCUGAACGAUGACCAGGUGAAGGAGCUCUUGACGUCCUUUGGCCCCCUGAAGGCUUUCAACCUGGUGAAGGACAGUGCUACCGGCUUAUCUAAAGGAUAUGCCUUUUGUGAAUAUGUUGAUGUCAACCUUAAUGACCAGGCUAUUGCUGGGCUGAACGGCAUGCAGCUGGGAGACAAGAAGCUCCUGGUGCAGAGAGCCAGUGUGGGAUCCAAGAACGCCACUCUGACAAGUAUAAAUCAGACCCCAGUGACGCUGCAGGUGCCGGGUAUGAACAGCUCAGUGACUCAGAUGGGUGGCCUGCCCACUGAGGUGCUGUGUCUGAUGAACAUGGUGGCCCCAGAGGAGCUGCUGGAUGAUGACGAAUAUGAGGAGAUUGUGGAGGACGUGAGGGACGAGUGCAGCAAGUACGGCCAAGUUAAGAGCAUUGAGAUACCUCGACCUGUGGACGGCCUGGAGGUGCCUGGGACCGGCAAGAUUUUUGUGGAGUUCAUGUCCGUUUUCGACUCCCAGAAGGCCAUGCAGGGGUUGACAGGAAGGAAGUUUGCCAACAGGGUGGUGGUGACCAAAUACUGCGAUCCAGACGCUUAUCACCGCCGAGACUUCUGGUAGAAGACGCAUGAAGAGAAGAGGGGGUGGGAACAUGCAUUGCUCAUUUAGAAAUUAGCCCCCCGAUUUUGAGAGCAUUUCAGGUAGAUCUGAGUAUUAAUCAUUUGACAAAUGCUUUGGUGAUCUCCAAUUCCUAAUUUUAGAUCUACCUGAACUGUCCAGCAGUUAAAACGGUAUUGGAAUUGGAAAGGAGCACAAUUGGGAGGGUUUCUAUUCAGUCCAUAACAGGGGGGGGGGGGGGGCUAGGUUUCUGGCGGUGAGGGUGUAGCGGGGUGGAUGGGAGUCAAAGAUUUUUGAGAAAUGUGUGUAAUAAUGGGUCCAGGGUGGGGUCAACAAUUUUUAUACUUUGUGAGAAGGGGAUGUCAUUUUGGGUGGGAGGGGGGGGGGGGGGGGGUGCCACACUUUAAGGUUUGUAUUUAAAUGGAGGUAGCCUGUUUUAAGUACAUUAGGAAGGAGAUGCAGUGGGGAACUAACUGGACUAUACUGUUGAAGAGGGCUGGCGAAAACAGGAGUGUUUAUUUGUGAGAGGGAAACGGGGAGAUGGGGAGGAAGAUGAGGGCAUUUUUGUUUGACAUCUAAUCUAGAUAUACAGUAGCUGUAACAUCCACUUCCGUUUUGCCACCAUUAGAAAGGCGAGAGGAGCUUCCUCUUUUUUUGUUUUUUCUUCUAUGUUUGGACUAAUUUCUUCAUGUUCCUUCAUUUACAUCAGACCACUUCCCCCUCCUCAGAAGGAUUGUUAGAGCAUUUGUUGUCUUAUUGGACUCUAUCUGAAUGUCAACUGUAAUUGUUCCAAUGCUGUGUGUAGCUUCACUGAUUUGAGCUGUAAUAUCACAUUGUAUUCAGGCCGCAGAAUAACAUGAGCUGCAGAAGAGAACGUUUUUGAAUUAUGCCAGUUUGAGUUUCUUUCUCCUUUUUUUUUCUAUUUUCUGUAACUUUUUUUCACGUCCAUCUUUAGUACACAGCUUUUAACAGGUGAGGUUGUUUUGUCUCAGCAGGUCAGUCCUGAUUUAAUUCAAGAGGAAGUAAACAAAGGAAGAUGGGGAGAGGCAAACAGAUUGGUGUUAGAGAAUUGAUCUCUUCCUUACCAAAAAGCCUUAAUGUUAUUACAUGUCAAUUCGCUAAGGAAAUUUUUGGCUUGCCCCUCUAUCAAUGAUGUCUGUAAUAAUAGAUGUCAGUAUCUUGUCUUUCAGCCUUGUGUCACUAGUUUUCAUUUGUCGUUGUUUCGCAGCAGGUUUGGGUUGUAAGAUGUGAUGGACCCGGUUGUUUUUUUGUGCAACGUCUCACCUCUUUGACAAGACCAAAUAAACACGUGUCUAAUA